GCCCAUAUAUAUCUCGUGAAUAAUAAAAUGACAAAAAUAUUUAUUAUUGUUUACCUCUUUUGUGACUAAGCAGAAUAGCAUCAAUUGUUUUCAUUUAUGAAACUGAGUGAGGACCAUUUCUGAAGAGGAAUCAAUUAAGCUGGGAAUCAAGCAAGAAGCAGAAAAUGGUCCCCACUUUGGAUCAGAGCUACCCUCCAAAACCAAAUUUCACACUUUCAUUUUCUUUAUCCCAAAGAAAAGCAAAUUAAAGUUUAAAAAAUCAUAAUAUAUAUGCUUCUCUUCCUUUUGUUUACUUCCUCUAAACAUCACAUGACUCUAGAGAACAAAAUGACUCAUAAUUAAGAAAACAAAUUUCUCACAUUUAUGAAGAAAAAAAAAUUAUAGACAAAUGUUUGGCGGUUAAUUGUUAUGUUAAUAUUUUCUUCAAUCUACUCUAUCUUUUAAUUUGUUCAACUCAUUUAACUAAUACUUAAAAUCAGUUGAACUAUUCAACCCCUCACAUUCACAUAAUUAUUGAGGUAGAUUAUCUAAUAUGAUCCAACAACUAAUAUUUUGAGAUAUUUUUAAAAGCAUAUUUUAUAAAUUUUGUAUAUAAUGAUCGUUCGAUCUUAAUCGAGAUUGUUUCACCGUGUACUUCUAUAACUUCACACAAUCCCAUAACAAGCUACAAGUACUUACUCAAAGAAAAUUGAAAACCACUACUACACACAACCCCAUAAAUUCCCUUGCAUAAAAUAAACCAACAAAAAUUUUAGUACAAAGGCUUCAAACUUUGCAAAAAGAAAACCUAAAUUUUCACACACAAAACAGAAACAAUGAAACGCCGUUUUCUUGACACAGAAAUGAGCAUGCCACCAUCAUACGAAAACAACACAAGCGACUCAUUCAUCAACGUCGAAAAUUUCGACACAAACAUGGUGAUAAUAUUAGCAGCACUAUUAUGUGCAUUGAUAUGCGCUCUAGGGCUAAACACCAUAGCUCGUUGCGCCAUGCGGUGCAGCCGAAGAUUAUCCGAAGAGACACCGGAACAAGCCACGGUAAGGCUAAACAAAACAGGUCUGAAAAAGCGUGAGCUGAGUCAAAUUCCGGUGACUGUGUACGGUGGUGCCGGAGAGGAUAUUCCAGUGACGGAGUGUCCUAUUUGUUUAGGAGAGUUUGAGAAAGGGGACAAAGUUCGAAUGUUGCCAAAGUGUAAUCACGGGUUUCAUGUUAGGUGUAUUGACACGUGGUUGGUGUCACAUUCUUCGUGUCCAAAUUGUAGGAAUUCACUUCUUGUUGAGGGAGAAUCCAAAGAUGGGGUUGCCGGAGAUGGGUUGCCGGAAAAUGUUGCGGCGGUGAUAGUUGAGGUGAGUUGAGAAGAACAACAUGUUAAAGGAUGAUGAGGUUUUGGUGUAUGGUAGUUGUGAAAUUUAAUGUUAGUUGUUAGUAGUAGUUUUCAAGUUAGUUCAUGAAUAUUAUUAUGUGACCAACCUUAUUUUUUAGUGAAAGAAAAAAUAUUGUGUUUGUGUUGCACAUA